CUUAACGCACGUUACUAACAAAUUUAACGGAUUUACGCGAACUAUUAUUUAUCUAAAAUAAUUUAAACGGAUAACGUUUAACAAUAUAAAUAAAACGAAAUGUUGAAAUAUUCUUUAUUUACUAUUUCGAUUAUAUUGUGUUGUCUUUCGUGGCGUGUCCAAACAUUUGAAGAAAAUACGAAAUUUUGCAUACGAACGGAACCUAUGCUUUUAUCGGAAAUUGAAAAACGUAUAAAACCCAUUGAUGAUAAUAUAAAUUGUGAUAUUGUGGCCACCACACUGACCGUUAAUGAAAAGGAAAGUUUCAUUAAUACCAUGUGCAAAGAUCAUGGCAGUUCCCAUAAAGAUAUUUACUAUUACUUCAAAUUACACAAUGGAGAUUUAAUAGGACGUAGUGAAUAUCAUGAAAUAUGUCAGAGUAAAAGUAAUCCCUUACUGGCCUGGGUACCAUAUGAACAAAUGCAAAAACGUUACGCUCCCGAACUGAAUCCAAAGGAGCGUCAUAACUAUAUAGCCAAAGCCACCGAUGUUCAGCGGGAAAAAACGGAAUUGUGUUAUUUCCGUCAUACCGAUUUAGUUUAUAAUAUAUCCGAUAAUUUAUUCACCUGUGUGGUGAUGAUAUUCGAAGAUAAUUUUUACGGUUUGGAUUCCAAUAUAAAUGUUUUGGUGGAAAUUAAACCUUUAAUGUAUGAACUACGUAAUAUAACCUAUUUGCCUACGUUAAAUUCAACUCUUAGCUAUAAAACGCUAUUGGGUAAAAAGGAAUUGAAAAAUCCCAGUAGUGAAAAGAAAGAAAUUUUUGGUAAUUUAAAGUAUUCCUUUGUGGAGAAGAUUGAUUUAAAUUUGUCUACCGUUUACCAAGAUGAUAUGAUCAAAUUACCCUUAUUGUUUGAGCAUAAAAAUGCUAUUUUGGAAUUAGAUGAUAAGGGCAUAGGAGGCAUGGAUGUUAAUGAGAAAGCCUAUUAUGGCCGUAAAAUGGAACCAAAAACCAAAAUCAAGGUCGAUGUCAUUGGCCAAUGGGCAGAACAUUGCGAACAAUUUAAUGCCGAUAUUUACGAAUACUUUGGUUAUGGCAUUAAACGUUUUCGCAACGAAAUGAAAAAUGGUUCGGUAACAUUUGUACGCAUCGAAAGUACCGAACCCGUGUAUGAAAUUCCCGAAGAAGAUGAUAUUGUUGUGGCAAAAAUACAUUCGUUGGGUGGUAAAAAAUUUGAACGUCUAAGCGCCGAAGAGGAUAGUUUUGGUUUCGAUGGUAAUGACAGCAUGACUUUAAAUGAAUUGGAUGGUAAUUGGGAAGAUGAAGAAGAGGGUCAUACUGAUAAUCGUCCAUAUCCAGGUUUUUAUCCUUGGUUUAUUGUGGCUGUUCUUGUGGUUGCGGGUGUCAUUGGCGGCAAUUAUGGUGUUGUACGUAAUUAUAGUAAGAAAAAUGAAAGGCAAAAUUAUAAAUUUACUGGUAUUUAAAAGGGGGAAGAGAAAAUCAAUUAACAAGUAUUACACUUUUACAGAAAUAUUGAAAUUUUUACU